UUCUUUAUUAUGUUAAAAUAUGUUUUACUUAGUGAAUUAUUUUUUAUAACUGCACAAACAGCGACUUAUGACUGUUCAAAUUUAUUAAUGGGUCAAUAUUUAUGUCCGGACCCUAGUAAAAAUCAAAUUGAUCAGAAAACCCAGCAAUACGUAGGAUGUGAUAAAUCUGGAAUUGCUAAAGUUUGGUGCAUCGCAGCUGAAGGUAUUGAAUGUGAGACUACCGGUAACAAUACUUUUACAAAUGAUAUGCCAUGUAAAUGGACUAAUGGCUACCAUUUGGAUACCGUUCUGUUACUUUCCGUAUUUACGGGCAUGUUUGGUUUGGAUCGUUUCUAUUUGGGCUACUAUGGCAUAGGCUUAUUAAAAGUUAGCACAUUGGGCGGUUUCUUUAUUGGCCAAUUAGUCGAUAUUAUUUUGAUUGCUUUACAAAUUGUACGACCCGCAGAUGGCUCUUAUUACAUUAUACCAUAUUAUGGAGCUGUUGUUGAAAUCAUACGAAGCGAUAAUGAAACUUACCGUGUCCCUAAGGAUGACUGGUGAAUUAUUACUUAUAAUUGGGUAGUUUGUUGAGAAAAAGGACUGAAAUGUUUGUUUAUUACUUUUAAUUUGAUCGCUAUAUUAAUAAUCAUAUGUAAUU